AUGCCAGCAACACCCACAGGAAGCAAAGCAACCCCCCUCCCCCGCCUCUCUAUAGGACCUGUGUAUCCACCAAGAGAGCUUGAGAGUGAACCCCUGUUGAAUUUGGCCAUCUGUGGGAGGGCCAGUCCCGCUUUAUGUGAUCUGGCCGGGCAGUGGUCCCUGAGGAGAACGACCCGGCACUCUCUGAAGCCCACCCGCUGGCCGCCCCCGCGGCCGCCGCGGGGCCGCACGGAGGAGCCGCCGCCGGUGCGCUCGCCCGUGAGCACGGCCUGGCCGGGCAGCCCACGCCCCGGCGCCCCCUCCGCGGCCGGCGCGCCUGGCGGGACUUCCUCCGCGGUGGCGGCGGCGGCGGCCGUGCUCUCCUUGAGCGGCGCGGCGGCCGCGGCGCUGGGGAACCAGAGCGACGCGAGCGGGGGCGCCAGCAGCGGCGCCUCGGCGGGCGGCGGCGGAGGCGGGCGCGGGGCGGCGGAGGCGGCGGAGAGGCCGCCGCUGUGGCACGGCGCGGCGGUGGCGGCCCAGGCGCUCGUGCUCCUGCUCCUCUUCGUGCUGUCUAGCCUGGGCAACUGCGCCGUGAUGGGCGUGAUCGUGAAGCACCGGCCGCUCCGCACCGUCACCAACGCCUUCAUCCUGUCCCUGUCCCUGUCGGAUCUGCUCACGGCGCUGCUCUGCCUGCCCGCCGCCUUCCUGGACCUCUUGGCGCCGCCCGCCGGGCCCCGGCGCGGCCUGUGCGCCGCCAGCCGCUUCUUCGGCUCGUGCUGCGGCAUCGUGUCCACGCUCAGCGUGGCGCUCAUCUCGCUGGACCGCUACUGCGCCAUCGCGCGGCCGCCGCGGGAGAAGGUCGGGCGGCGCCGCGCGGGGCAGCUGCUGGCCGGCGCCUGGCUGGCGGCCCUGGGCUUCUCCCUGCCCUGGGAGCUGCUCCGCGCGCCCCGGGAGCCCCCGGCGGCGCAGAGCUUCCACGGCUGCCUGUACCGGACGUCCCCGGACCCCGCGCAGCUGGGCGCGGCCUACAGCGUGGCGCUGGUGGUGGCCUGCUACCUGCUGCCCUUCCUGCUCAUGUGCUUCUGCCACUACCACAUCUGCAGGACGGUGCGCCUGUCGCACGUGCGCGUGCGGCCCCUGACCACCUACGCGCGCGCGCUGCGCUUCUUCAGCGACGUGCGCACCGCCACCACCGUGCUCGUCAUGAUCGUCUCCGUCAUCUGCUGCUGGGGGCCCUACUGCUUUCUGGUGCUGCUGGCCGCGGCCCGGCAGGCCCGGGCAGCGCAGGCUCCCUCGCUGCUCAACGUGGUGGCCGUCUGGCUGACCUGGGCCAAUGGGGCCAUCAACCCUGUCAUCUACGCCGUUCGCAAUCCCAACAUUUCCGUGCUCCUGGGGCGCAGCCGGGAAGAGGGCUACCGGACUAGGAAUGUGGACGCUUUCCUCCCCAACCAGGGCCGGGCUCUGCAGGCCAGAAGCCGAAAUCCCCUUCGAAACCGCUGCACCAACCGCCUGGGGGCCUGCAGCAGGGUGUCUUCUUCCAACCCGACCAGCGGGGCAGGAGGGGACGUGGCCAUGUGGGCUCGCAGAAAUCCGGUUGUGCUUUUCUGCCGGGAGGGGCCACCAGAUCCUGUGACAGCAGCGACUAAACAGCCUAAACCCGAAGCCGGGGAUACCAGCCUCUAAGAAGGCUUGGGAUGCACAGCUUGUGAAGGCAAGUUUUCACGCGCUUCAACUAACGAUACAGGAUUUCGGGGAGAAUCAUGUAUUUCAUAAAGCCAAACAUUUGAAAAAGAGACCGAGGGGGAGGCUCACCAGUUCCCCCAAACAACAUACAAGGCCAUGUCCUUUCUUUCAGAUGUGCCAAAAGGAAUGUAAAAUGCAAAAAUUAAAAAGAUCUUAAACCACACAACCAAGCAUUGUGAACUGUA